AUGGCUCUUUUCCCUUCCUUCAUUUUGAGUGAUGAAUCCAAGGAGAAUAUCUCCAAGAUCAUCAACCUGACUCACACAGUGGCUCAUUACGGAUGGAUACCUUUCAUUCUGUAUUUGGGUUGGGCUCACACUUCCAAUAGACCUAACGUGUUGAAUUUGCUAUCACCACUUCCAAGUGUUUAA